AUGAAACAGGUUUCGAUCAGCACCCUCAACGGAGCAGUGGAGUCUUUCGAGUCAAUGCCAGUGGAUCUGCUGGUAGAGAGUGUAGAUGGCAAGUACAUCAGUCCGUUCUCAGCCAUCACAACUAGUCACGUCACAGGCACACUGAAACCGUACGAUUGGACCGUCGAGUCAAGUCAGUACCAUCAUCUGCUGGACAUACCCUUCGAACAGCCAGCAACUCGCCAGAUUGAUAUGCUGAUUGGCUUGGAUCAUGCCGAGCUUCACUACUCUCUGGAGGAGGUGAGGGGUGAUCAGGGAGAACCGGUGGCGAGGAGAACCGCGCUAGGUUGGACCUGUGUUGGACCUGUGAGUGGAAGCUCAGAUCAUCACCGCACUCACUUCAGCAGAGUCGAUGACGGUAAUCUGGAGAUGCUGGUCCGGCGUAUGUGGGAGGUGGAAGAGCCUCGCCGACAGAGCCCGCUUGCAGCAAAUGACCGACAAACUCUUGCAGAUGCAGAGGCAGCAACAAAGUACUGCAACGGCAGGUACACCGUCAAGCUGCCUUGGAAGAGAAGCCCGCCAGAGGAGAACGUUAGCUACGAGAUGGCACUGAAGAGACUGCGCUCGACAGAGAAACGCCUCCACAAGGAACCAGAAGUAGCAAAGGAGUACUGCCGUGUACUGCAGCAUCAUGUGAACGCUGGAUACGUGACUGCAGUAAAGCUCGAGUCAACAGGUGGUUGGUACCUCCCGCACUUUCCAGUCACCAGACCAGAUGCAACAACAACUAAAGUGAGGGUGGUCUUUGACGCAUCAGCCAAAUGCAAAGGAGCAAGCCUGAACGACUACCUCCACCCAGGACCGAAGCUGCAGAGAGAGCUACCGCACAUAUUGCUGCGAUUCAGGGCAAAGCCAGUUGCUAUCGUGGCCGAUGUAGCAGAGAUGUACCUCCAGAUCGAGCUGUCUGAAGAUGAUCAGAAAUUUCAUCGUUUUCUGUGGCGGGACUUGGAUGCGUCAAAGGAGCCAGUCGCCUACCAGUACCAACGGGUGGUGUUUGGCGUGAAUUCGUCCCCAUUCCUAGCGCAAAUGGUGUCUCAGAAACAUGCUGAGCAGCUAAAAGAAGAUUUCCCACGUGCUGCAGAAGCGGUGUUGAAGUCGACUUAUAUGGACGACACUAUGGAUUCCACCGACGAUGACAAGGAUGCCAUCAAACUGUACCAGGACCUGAGUGAGCUGUGGCACCGUGCCGGAAUGCAUCCUCGCAAGUGGAUUUCGAACAGCACCGAGCUACUCCAACUGAUCCCACCGGAAGAUCGUGCCAAGCAGGUGAAUAUUCAGGAUAGUAUUCUGCCGUCAACCAAAGCGCUUGGUGUGCAGUGGGAUGCAGAGACGGAUGUCUUUACGUUCAGGUGUCGAGCACCAAGUUACUCAGUCCUGACCAAGCGGACCUUUCUGAAGAUUCUGGCGACUCUGUUCGACCCGCUGGGGUUCGUCUUGCCCUUCGUGAUGAGUGGCCGCAUCCUGUUCCAGGAAAUGUGGGUCGAUGGUAUUCAGUGGGAUGAGCCACUGCAAGAUGAUCUACAUGCCCGAGCAGUGCAAUGGUGUGAUGAAUUCGAGAAGCUAGAAGCCGUGGCUGUGCCCCGUUGUUUGAGACUGUCAAACACAGAAGCGAUCACUGCCACGGAACUGCACGUCUUCAGCGACGCAUCGCAAGACGCAUAUGGAGCAGUCGCCUACCUCCGUCACAGCUACGAAUCCGGGGCUGUGACCUGUCGCCCGGUGGCAAGUAAAGGCAAGGUAGCUCCGAUAAAAAGCACCAGCAUCCCGCGUUUGGAGCUGACUGCGGCGGUAGUUGCAGUAGAUUUGGCUGUGUCAGUGGGUGAAGUGCUGGCUAUACCCGAGAGCAGUUGGCAUUGGUGGACGGAUAGCAUGAACGUCUUGUGGUGA